AUGCCAGCCCCCGAACUAUUGGCGGACCCAUACACAGCACAUCGGUGCGAAGAUGGAGAAGCGCUUCAUAUUCGUCGCCAAGCGGAGGUCUGCCAAGAGCUCUACCCCGAUCAAAAGGUUCUGAUUCAGCCAGUUCCAAAAGGAGGAAUCGCCAUACGAACACUUCCAGCUUUCGAUGGGAAACUGAACCGGGCGGUCGGGUGUGGAGAAGAAGGUGAACUAGCCGACGCCGACAUGAAAGAGCUAGAGUCCGUGUUCGCAGCAGUCGGUCUCGAGCCUGAGAUCCAUCUGAGCCCGUUUGCAAAAUCGUCCGCCUUCGAGUCCUUAGUCUCUCGCGGAUACGUUGAAAAAGGCACACUGAGCACCUAUUGGUGCACCCCGGAGCAAGCGGCAAUUGAAGACACAGAAACCUGCACCACCGGGGCGGCAGUGAUGGUCCGACGGGCCACGGUUGACGAGACACUAAAGUUCAUCGAGGCCUCCGCCAUGGGCUUUCAGACCAAUGGCCGCUCCCACGAGCUGCUUCGAGCGCUGGCAUUGAUCGCAACCCGAAGGACGGACACGAGCCUGUAUUUUGCGUUUGCGAAUGAUGAAAUUGCGGGCACCGCCGCGAUGGCUACCAUGGAGACAGCCUACGGCGGAGUAGCCCACCUGUAUUUGGAUAGCACUUUGCCGGGAUAUCGAGGACGAGGGGUACAGAUAGCGCUGAUCCAGGCCCGCCUUCUCGACGCAGCUCGGCUGGGACUCGGCGUGGCCACCACGAUCACUCGAGUUGGGGACGGCAGCGCGCGCAACGCGGAGAGAGCAGGGUUAAGGCUCGCAUACACCACGGCUAUCCUCACUCGACAGCGUGGAUCCCCAUAA